AUGACACGAGUACAUCACGCGCGCCCACAGCACGCGACAAAUCGCAGUACGAUACUUGAUCAGCCGAGAGCAGUCGCCAAGAAGAAAAAGCCGUACAAGAUCGUGCUUGAAGCCGUUACGCAGGAGAAGAAGAAGCUGCACUCUAUUCUCACCUACGCUUCCAAUGCGCCCAAAGGAUUUGGUUUCAUCCCAGCUGGACACCCGGAAUUCACAGAAUGGUGCAAGGAGCAGUGCCGCCAGCGCAAUCUCGAUGUCCACAUUGUUUCGGCCAAGCCGAAGAACAAGAUGCACGCUGACCCCGAAAAGUUGUCACACCACGUCCACCGAGUCGGGCACCACUUUCCCAUCGAAAUCGUAAACUUGGCGUGUAGCAAAUUCGGCUAUAUGUACGACGAAGCACAUGGGCUCCAAAAGGAUAACUCGCGUGACCGGACAAAUUGGAUUGCUCGCGGUAUCGAGGACUACUCGUCGCGGCAACAACUCCACGGGCGCCCUAGCACCGAGAAGGAGUCCAAGGAGCACACUCGUGGGGCUGUCCGCGAGAUGUUUCCAAAAAUACCAGAGGCAGAUCUUAACUCGAUUGUCAACCAUGCUUUCGAAGAGGGAACCAACCGUGUAGGUAACGCAAAGGAGCUGUCCUUGGCUCGUCGCGUACAGCUAGCUGUCGUCGCUCAUAUCCGUCAUGUGUACACAGACUACGACAAGAUGCUUAAGACUGGAUCCUGGAUGCAGGCCCGACAGAGUGUCGAGCACGUUUCCCUUGCCAAGCUCAAAGAGUGGCGAGAUGAAGCCGGCGAAGCGAGUAAUGAAAUCGAGGAUACGUUCCGAGAGGUCAUUGUUUUAGACGACGAUGACGAUGAAUCAAGUGACGCAGGAUCACAGGCAACACCUGAUGAGCCCGCGCGACCGCAAGAGAUCUUCAGCCUGAGAGAUAUGCCGGUCCUCGCAUGGAUAUUCAUGGCAUGCGAAGAGCGCCGAGACGGACAAUUGUGGUCCAGCCGUAUCAUCCUCAAUAUUCUGCUCCUCCACCACCUUCACAUCAACAGCCACGACACUAUGCUCCAAUGUCAGACAAUCGCCCACCAUCCCGAAACCAGGCAUUCGCAGCAGCACACAGCCGACCUAUCGAGGCAUUUUGUCGAGCCACAUGAGCUCGGCACAGAGGUAUUUCCUUUCCCCUCCUUGUUUGGAACUAACAUUUGUAGCUCGAGCCCAUCAGAGAAUCUCCACCACCUCCAAGGCCUCAGCGCCACCCACCAGUUCAGGCUCCGCCUCGUUAUUCACAAGAUGAGUACAUGCACAUUCCCCCAGCAGCCAACGCAUCAGCAGGACGACGACCGGUGCAUUCUCGACGCCCGUCAGAACAAGAUGUCGUACUACCGUCCGUUGAGCGUGAGCAAGUGGAUUUGA